AUGGCUCAGAAGAGGCCCACACGCAACGGAACACACUUCCCCUACGAGGACCUGGCCUCUGAGGUGACCAGACGCAGAGUGACCAUGAUCACCAGAGAAGAGAUGCUUACCAAGAAAAGUGAUGAAGCCAGGGAGAAGCUGUCCGAUUUGGGUUUGGAACAAGCCCCUCCCGCUGGCACGGCCGACCCCCCAGUGCCCCCAGCCCCACCUCCUUCUCCAGCUGAGGACCCCAAAGUCUCCUAG